GGCCGCUUCAGCUGACAUUCGGCAUGAUGGCGAUGGAGGUGCAGAGCUCCGACCCGAACAGUGGCACAUCCAGUCGGCUCGAAGUCUCUAUUGACGGCCUGACCCUUAGCCCCGACUCUGAGGGCGACCAAGAGCAUGUCGAAGGGAUGGACCCUCCGCAAGCGAAGCGCGACAGCGAAGUUCAGAGUUCACCCGGGGGUACAGAUGGGGAGGAGGGCGAGACUGCCAAAACCAUGGAAAGGAAAUGGGGCUUUUCUCUUGAGGAGCUCUAUGGACUAGCGCUGAAAUUCUUCAAAGACAAAGAUGGCAAAGCCUUCCAUCCGAAGUACGAAGAGAAACUUCGGCUAGUGGCCCUCCACAAGCAGGUGUUACUGGGCCCGUACAAUCCAGACGCUUCUCCGGAAGUGGGAUUCUUUGAUGUCUUGGGAAACGAUAGGAGGAAAGAAUGGGCAUCUCUGGGCAAUAUGGAGAAGGAGGAAGCCAUGGUGGAGUUUGUGAAACUGCUGAACAAAUGCUGUAAUUUAUUUGCACCUUAUGUCACGUCGCACAAAAUAGAGAGGGAUGAACAGGAAAGGAGAAGGAGGGAGGAAGAGGAGCGGCAGCGAAGGGAGGAGGAGGAGCGGGAGCGUCAGAGGCAGGAGGAGGAGCAGCGGCGCAGGGAGGAGGAGGAGAGACUGCGGAGAGAGGAGGAGGAGAGGAGGCAGGCGCAGGAGGAGAGGCUGCGCAUGGAGCAGCAGAAGCAGCAGAUCAUGGCAGCCCUGAACGCCCAGACAGCGGUCCAGUUCCAGCAGUACGCCGCGCAGCAGUACCCAGAAAACCCGGAGCAGCAGCAGGUUCUGAUCCGACAGCUGCAAGAACAGCACUACCAGCAGUACAUGCAGCAGCUCUACCAGGUGCAGCUGGCCCAGCAGCAGGCCGCCCUACAGAAGCAGCAGGGUGAGGCUGUUGUGUCGUCAUCAUCGGCAGACGUUAACUUGAGCACAGCGUCCCCUGCUGAGACAGAGGUUCCAACACUGAACGGCCAGCCCGACGAACAAACAGAGUCUCUGGAUAAGGACCAGGAGGUGGAGUCUGCAGAGGAGCUGACUGAAAACGGGCCAAUAGUUCAAAGGGAGGCCACCCCGGUCUUCGAGGACCACGCUCCAGCAGGUACAUAUGAUUUAGUGCCUGACCCAGAACCAGACAUCGCCCCCGUGAUAGCCGCGCCCUCCAUGUGGACGCGGCCGCAGAUCCGUGACUUCAAGGAGAAGAUCCGGCAGGAUGCGGACUCCGUCAUCACGGUGGGGCGGGGCGAGGUGGUGACGGUGCGUGUGCCCACUCACGAGGAGGGCUCCUACCUCUUCUGGGAGUUCGCCACUGACUACUACGACAUCGGCUUCGGGGUCUACUUCGAGUGGACGGACUCACCCAACACAGCAGUCAGCGUGCACGUCAGCGAGUCAAGCGAGGACGAGGAGGACGAGGAAGGGGAUGCUCGGAGUGAAGAGGAGAAAGCCAAAAAGAACACCAACAAGCCCCAAGUGGACGAGAUAGUGCCGGUGUACCGGCGGGACUGCCACGAAGAGGUGUACGCCGGGAGCCACCAGUACCCCGGCCGGGGCGUCUACCUGCUCAAGUUCGACAACUCCUACUCCCUCUGGAGAUCAAAAAGUGUCUACUACAGAGUUUACUACACUAGAUAAGCCAGGAGGCGGACACCGGGGCUGGGGUGGGGGCGCGCGGGUGGGCUGGAGGCACAGGGUUCUUACAAGCUGGGUCCCCUGAAGGGGCGCUGCCAACGCCUCUGUCCAACCGGGAUCUGGAAGGGCGGCGGCGGAGGACCCGUUCGCACGCCUCGCGAGAGAGAGCCUCUCUCGGCCUGCUUCCUGAGGAGGGGAACAUCGAUUUUGUGUCUCAUCUGCCGCCUUUCAGCUCUCUUGUCAUAGACAGCGUGAAGUUCAUGGGUCUCCUUUCAGCAAAACACUGCCUUACCUUGUCCUAAAGGAGCGAGCAUGACUCAUAACAUGAUACCACGUUAGGUCUUUUGCUGCAUGAUUUCAUGAAUGAGUGGUCUGCAUUUGUCUGUAAACCUGUUUUGCAUACUGUGUUCAGUGCUGAUACAUGUUAUCCGCUAACGAUCUGCAGUGAUGCAUGAUGCCGAGUUCACCAUCCUAAUGGUGUGUAAUAUAAUAGAUUGAUUCAUGGAAAGGGAACGUGUAGGAGAGUCUUUGGAAGGACUUUCGGUAGAUCUAAUCAGUACAUAAGGUUCACUGUUAUCACUGUGCUGAAACAGCUUGGCAUGUAGAACAUGCUUUGCCCAGCUAAAAACGUGACCGUGAAGGUUCGGAAUCGCAGAGCUAUGGUGUUGAGCAUCUUGCCACGGGAGUUUGCAGGUGUGGGGAGAUCAAGGCUGUCUUUACUCUUAGCCUACACGUUUUCUGACGCCUGACUGGCUCAGGUCAGAACGGGCGUCUUGCCUUUUUGUUGCGGUCAGACCAUAAAAACGAAGCCAUGGUGAGGCAGUGACUGAGGCAUUCAUUCACCUUGGUUAACCUGUGACCUGCGACCCUGCUGAUGCUCAUAUGGUAGACAGGACAACCUUAGGACAAUUGUGCCCAGUUUCACAGCAAGCAUUUGGCCCACGCAGCCCAGGCCAUUUCAGACAGGGAUGGCAUACUUUCAUAAUGUCCAAUCCUCACACUGUAUCUUCACACUGUCGCUCUCUCAGCAUUCAGUUUGCAGAAACCUGUCCUCUUGUUUUUGUGCAUGUCUGUUAUUGGUGUAAUCUGUUACUCGAGUGCUCAUCCAAUCAUUAAAAAAGUAUGGAAGGUGUGUUUUGUUCUCAUUCAGCAAUGCAAAGUUUCAGAGUUUGGGAU